AUGAAUUUAGAACCAGCUCCUAUCGCAAAAAGUGAAAUUGUUUUUGAUGUUAAACCGUGGGAUGAUGAAACGAAUAUGAAAGAACUUGAAAAAAAUGUUCGUUCAAUUGAAUUAGAUGGACUUCUUUGGGGUACUUCUCGUCUCGAGCCACUUGCUUUCGGAAUCAAUGCAUUACGAAUUACUUGUGUCGUUGAAGAUGAUAAAGUCGGUAUGGAUAUCCUCGAAGAACGUAUAACUGCAUUUGAAGAUCUUAUUCAAUCUGUUGACAUCGUUGUAUUUCAAAGAAUUUAA